CUUACUUUUCCUUUCCCCACUCUUCCUCUGUGGAUACAACAAAUAGAGAGAAAGGGCGUCUCCGAGGCGGUGUUCGGAGGCGACAAGCAGAUCUGCUAUCCCGUCGUCUGGUCCUCCGAUCACGUUGCCAACAUGGUAAGGAAACGCAGGACUGAACUUCCUUCUGCUGGGGAGAGUUCAGAAUCUCAAGAGAGCAGUGGCAGAAGUGGGCGAGCUGGGCCCCAGCGCCCACUUGAAAGGGCUCCGGCAAUGCAACAACAAGGACGUGGUGCUGGACGUGGCUGGGUUCAGCAUGGUCAGCAAAGUCGUGGUUUUGGGAGUUAUUAUCAGGGAAGGGGGAGUGGACAGCCUCAUGGGGGUUCAGCACCACAACAAUCACGUGGACCAUCUCCAGGGUAUGAAGGCCAGGGUUUGGCUCAACCAAGAGGAGGAAUUCCACAUCAACACUACGGACGCCGAAGCAGUGGCAGCAUGACUACUGGGCGUGUGGCUGGUCCUUCAGCUGCAGGUCCAUCGAGGCCACUGGCUCCCGAUCUGCACCAAGCAUCAUCACAAGCGAGUUCAUCACAGCAGUCAGAGGCUUCCUCUAUCCAACAACAGUUUCAGCAGCUCUCUAUUGAGGGUGAAACUGCAAGUCAAACAAUACAACCUGUGGUUCCUGUAGCUCCAUCCAGCAAGUCUUUAAGGUUUCCGUUGCGUCCUGGAAAAGGGAGCUACGGUGUUAAAUGUGUGGUCAAGGCAAACCAUUUCUUUGCUGAGUUACCUGAUAAAGACCUUCACCAAUAUGAUGUGUCCAUCAUACCAGAAGUUACAUCACGUGGUGUCAAUCGUGCUGUGAUGGAGCAGCUAGUCAAACUGCAUAGAGAGUCUUAUUUAGGAGGGCGGCUUCCAGCUUAUGAUGGCAGGAAAAGUCUUUACACAGCCGGACCACUGCCAUUUACUUCUAGAGAGUUUCAAAUCCUUCUAGUUGAUGAAGAUGAUGGUUCAGGCACAGAGAGGAGGCAAAGAACAUUUAGAGUUGUUAUUAAGUUGGCUGCCCGUGUGGAUCUUCACCACCUUGAUAUGUUUUUAUCCGGUCGACAGGCUGAUGCUCCCCAAGAAGCCCUACAGGUUCUUGAUAUUGUGCUACGUGAACUGCCUACCACUAGGUACUUUCCCGUUGGCCGAUCGUUUUAUUCCCCUGACCUUGGGAGAAGGCAGCCACUUGGCGAUGGAUUAGAAAGCUGGCGGGGGUUUUAUCAGAGUAUUAGGCCAACACAAAUGGGCCUGUCACUAAAUAUCGACAUGUCUUCUACCGCCUUCAUUGAGCCCCUGCCUGUCAUUGACUUUGUCACCCAACUUUUAAGUAGGGAUGUCCGAGCAAGACCGCUCUCCGAUGCUGAUCGGGUGAAGAUCAAGAAGGCUUUAAGGGGAGUAAAGGUUGAGGUUACUCAUCGUGGGAAUAUGCGCAGAAAAUAUCGCAUUUCUGGUUUAACAUCACAAGCAACUAGAGAGCUUACUUUCCCAGUCGAUGAAAGAGGAACAAUGAAAUCUGUUGUUCAAUAUUUUCAAGAAACAUAUGGUUUUACCAUCCAGCAUACCAAUCUCCCCUGCCUACAAGUUGGCAACCAGCAAAGGCCAAAUUAUCUACCGAUGGAGGUGAGAACACCUUAUUAUCUGCUAUUGUGGAUCAUGAUUUUCUUGAUUAAUAUCCCCUUUAGGUUUAUUGACUACAAAAGCAUUUACAACAAAAUAACUAAGAUUAUAUGUGCUGAUUUUUUUAUAUGGUUUAAGGUCUGUAAAAUUGUGGAAGGCCAAAGAUAUUCCAAAAGAUUGAACGAGAGACAAAUAACUGCUCUUCUGAAGGUGACAUGCCAGCGCCCUCAAGAACGGGAGCUUGACAUUCUGCAGACGGUUCAUCACAAUGCUUACCAUGAAGAUCCUUAUGCUAGAGAAUUUGGUAUCAAAAUCAGUGAGAAACUCGCAUCAGUUGAGGCACGUAUUUUACCUGCACCAUGGCUUAAAUAUCAUGAUACUGGCAGAGAGAAGGAUUGCCUGCCAAGAAUCGGCCAGUGGAAUAUGAUGAAUAAGAAAAUGGUGAACGGUGGGAGAGUAAACAACUGGACAUGUAUAAAUUUUGCACGGAAUGUCCAAGAAAGAGUUGCCCGUGAAUUUUGUCACGAGGUUGCACUCAUGUGCCAGACAUCUGGAAUGGAUUUUUCACUUGAACCGGUGCUUCCUCCUUUGAGCGCGAGGCCAGACCAGGUGGAACGAGCUUUAAAAGCACAGUACCAUGAUGCGAUGAGCUUACUCCAACCCCAUGGCAAAGAACUUGAUUUGCUUAUUGUGAUAUUGCCUGACAAUAAUGGUUCUCUUUAUGGUGAUCUAAAGCGAAUUUGUGAGACAGAGCUUGGACUGAUUUCACAGUGCUGUUUGACUAAACAUGUUUUUAGAAUGAGCAAACAGUAUCUGGCAAAUGUUGCUCUCAAGAUAAAUGUGAAGGUUGGUGGUAGGAAUACGGUUCUUAUGGAUGCCUUGAGUAGGCGCAUACCACUUGUUAGUGACAGGCCUACAAUUAUAUUUGGUGCUGAUGUAACACAUCCUCAUCCCGGCGAAGACUCUAGCCCCUCUAUCGCAGCUGUUGUUGCUUCUCAAGACUGGCCUGAGGUAACAAAGUAUGCUGGUUUGGUUUCUGCUCAGCUUCAUCGGCAAGAGUUGAUACAGGAUCUGUUUAAAGUCUGGCAAGAUCCUCAGCGUGGAACAGUGACUGGUGGGAUGAUAAAGGAACUACUUAUUUCCUUCAAAAAAGCUACUGGACAGAAGCCUCAAAGAAUUAUAUUUUACAGGGAUGGAGUUAGUGAGGGGCAAUUCUAUCAAGUUUUACUUUAUGAACUUGAUGCAAUCAGAAAGGCGUGCGCCUCGCUGGAACCAAAUUAUCAGCCACCAGUAACUUUCAUAGUGGUUCAGAAACGUCAUCACACUAGGUUGUUUGCGAAUAAUCAUAAUGAUCACCACUCAAUUGACAAGAGCGGAAAUAUUCUGCCUGGUACUGUAGUUGACUCUAAGAUCUGUCAUCCAACUGAGUUUGAUUUUUACUUGUGCAGUCAUGCUGGCAUUCAGGGCACAAGCCGACCUGCUCAUUACCAUGUCUUGUGGGAUGAGAACAAAUUCACGGCUGACGCAUUGCAAACCCUAACAAACAACCUUUGUUACACCUACGCAAGGUGCACUCGAUCUGUGUCCAUAGUGCCACCUGCAUAUUAUGCGCACCUGGCUGCAUUCCGUGCCCGAUUUUACAUGGAACCAGAGACAUCAGACAGUGGUUCGAUGGUGAGUGGGGCAGUCGGACGCGGAGCUCCUACCCAACGCAGCACUCGUGUCCCAGGUGGUGCGGCUGUUAGACCCCUUCCAGCUUUGAAAGAAAAUGUCAAGAAAGUCAUGUUCUACUGUUGAACCGUGUGUUGUGGCUUCUACUACUCACUUGAUGUUGUCUCUGCUCCUGUUUAUUGUCUGCGGUAGGCUUGAACUUGAUGGGUAUUCACAAGUCAGGUACUAUGACCCUCUUUGUUGAAACUUUUUCCGCAAUCCUUUUAUGAAGCAAGUCCUGAUUUGAUAUGAA